AUGAACAAUCAUGUACAAGAAUCGGCUAACAAUAAGCAAGAACCUACUAACGAAAAACCCACAAAUAAACAAGAUCAAGGGCUCACCAAUGAACAAAAUAAAGAAUCCACCAGUGAACAACUCACAGAUGAACAAGAACUUACCAGUGAAUUUGAAUUUAAUGAGGAUGAACUUUUUGACGAUGGAUAUGAGUCUGAUAAUGAUGAAUUACGAGCGGAACUUGCCAAUAUGUUAAUAAAUCAUGCCCGAACUCACUCUAGCAUGCAAUCGUUACAUGUUCUUGAGGAAAAGGAGGGGUAUCGCAGAUUUACAUUAUCUCUUAGUUCAUACUAUAGUUGGAUAGUUGAGGAGGAAAAAUCCAAAAGCAUAAAUUUUGUAAAAAAACAUGGAAUCUAUAAGAAUAAAAAUGGAUCCUGGUCUGAAUAUUAUCUCUGUUCAUGCGCGGGUAGUAAGCAAAUAAGGAAUGAUCAUGUAGAAGGAGGUGUUUUACAAAAAAAAAGGCAUAUACAAAAAGAAUCAAAGAAAUAUAGGCAUAAUGAGCAUAUUCCUGAUAGUCGCAGUGACGUUCAAUAUCUAAAAAAAUCAAAGGAAAUUAUUUCUGAAAUUAGAAAGUUCGCCCAACAAGGGUUGUCUAUUUCAACAAUUAAUGAAAGCAUUGGAAGAAACAACAGAAAAAUGUAUGGAGAACAAAAAUUUAUGCUUGGAUUCUAUACGCUUUGGCAAUUUAAGUUGUAUGAAAAAUAUCAUGAGAUAAUUCAUAUUGAUUCUAUGCAUAAUACGAAUCAUCAUAAAUAUGCCCUUUUUACAAUUUUAAUCUGGCAUCUCUAUAGCGGUCAAGAUGUUCCAUUAGUAUGGUUAUUAACAGAAUCUCAAGACUCUGAAACAAUCAAGCUAUGGCUUCAUGCUUUGAAAGAGGAUAGUUGGAUUGACCCAGUAAAUGUAAUCUUGGAUAAUGAUGAUGCAGAAAUUAGUGCAAUCUGUGAUAUUUUUACUAUGUCAAAUAUUUUUUUAUGUUGGUGGCAUGUCAAACGCGCAUGGCGUAGAUGGAUUAAUAAACAAAUACCAGGAAAAGAGCGCAAUGAUUUGUUUCAAGAUCUAAAUCAACUACUUAAUAUUUCUGAUAAAAGUGAGAUAAAUAAUGCUCUUAUUAAAUUUGAGCAAAAAUGGCAACAUACAGCUGCGCAUGAGUUAGGUGUUGGUAGAAUAAAUUCGCACUAUAAAGUUUGGAGGCAAUUUGAAUUAAAUUCUGUUGGCAUUGAUAAUGGUUCAAUUUUUCGCUUAGAUGAGUCUACAUAUAUUGUCAAAUCAACUCAGGGUGAGAAUGAUUAUAUGAUUGAGCAAACGGGAGAUAACGCAUUAACCCUUACCUGUAAUUGUGAAGCAUAUUUAGGAAACCCAGUACCUUGCAAACAUAUAUUCAUUGUCGCGCGUAAAUAUAGUAUUAAAAUCCCUGAACAAACUACUUACUUACCUCUACUUAAUGACGAUGAACAAUUUACUAUCGACAACUCAAUUAUUAGGAUUCAAGAAAAUAACUUUAAAAAAAGGAUUGAAGAAAUGAAUCACCGUAUUAACCAACAGCUAGAAAGAUUAGACAAUCUUUGUCAAAAAAUGGAUCUGAACAGUAUACCUUUAGAAAAAAAGAGAAGAUAUUGUUAA